AAGCUUGAGGCUCUCAGCUCUCGACAGCUCAGACCGGCAUCAUGUGAGCCACGCAUGGCCCUGGUAGUAGGGACAAGCCACGGAGAGAACUGAUGCACCCGACGAAACCAGCUGGCGUGACGCCGAGGUCGGCACCGCCGGGCGCCGGAGAGUGGCGGCCGUCCGGCGUCGUCAGGCUGCUGCAGGCGCCGGCGGUGGUGGCGCUGGCCGCGGUGCUCGCCGUGGCGUCGCCGGCGCAAGCUCGGCCAGCUGGUGCACCCCCUCCGACCCCUCCGACCCAGCAGAAGGCGGCGGACACGGCGCCGGAGGACACGAUGUGCGACGUGCCGCGGACGCUGUCCGGGGAGGACGGCAAGGAGGCCGAGCGGAUCAAGCACCCGAGGUCGCGCGAGGCGGCGCGGUGCACCUCCAAGUGCGUCAGCACCUGCGUCCUCGGCGGCGCCGGCGCGCCCGGCGUCGGCGGGCCCUUCAACGUCCGGAGACCCCUCGUGGUGUUCAAGGAAGGUUUCCGCAGUCGACAGUACUGCCUGGUGGAGUGCUCCGACGUCUGCAACCUAAUCAAGGACGGAGAAGACGGGCAAUGAAAUGAUGCACGGCAUCUUUAUCAAGACAUCCAACUCCACCUUACCAAUAUAUAUACUGGUACAUGAUCAAUUGGCUAUGAAUCACAGUAACUCUUGCUGGAAUAGUGAUGUUGCACAGUUUUCUAAACUGCAAUGUUGGGAAUAGCAAUGUGCAAUUUUAGGUGUCUCACAGGUUUAGGUAAAUCAAGUGAAAUUUUGGAUGCAUCACAGAGUGUCUAAGGUCUUGGAUCCAGGGUACGUGCUGGCCACCUAGGUGGUUGAAAUUUUAGCAUUUUGACAGUGUUAUAUUUCUUUUUGUUUGUGAACGUUGAUCAAAUAUGUAUGUGUAAGUUCCGACCAAAAAAGGAAAGAAAAAAUGUGUAUUCGUUGGCUAUA